AUGAAUGGAGAAAUGGUUAUCGAAACUCCUGUUAAGGGUCCGGUGACUACUACUUCAGUUUGUUUGAAUUGUCCUUUGUUAAUCCUUGAUAAAGAUUUUGGCAUUGAUCUUAUUUUCUUACCAUUGGAGAAUCUUGAUGUUAUCUUGGGGAUGAACUGGUUAGAGUUCAAUCAUGUUAAUAUCAAUUGUUAUAACAAGUUGGUGUGGUUUCUUACUCUUGGUGAGGAAGAAGAAGUUGGUUUCUUGUCUGCUAGAGGGUUGAAGGAGCUUUUGGAAGAGGAAGCUCAGGUGUUUGCGCUGUUCGUGGUGUUAUCUUCUAAACGUCGGGCGGUGAUUGAUGAAUUACAGGUAGUGCGGGAUUUUUUAGAGGUGUUUCUAGAUGACAUUUCAGAUGUACCGCCAGAGAGAGAGGUGGAGUUUUCUAUUGAUCUUGUCCCUGGUGGUGUGCUAAUGCAAGAUGGAAAGGUUGUGGCUUAUGCUUCACGAAAGUUGAGGAUUCAUGAGAUAAACUAUCCUACUCAUGAUUUGGAGUUGAUUGCGGUGGUGUUCAUGUUGAAAAUUUGGAGGCAUUAUCUCUAUGGUUCCAUAUUUGAAGUGUUUAGUGAUCAUAAGGGUUUGAAAUACUUGUUUGACCAGAGGGAAUUAAAUAUGAGAUAA